AUGUCUCGCUCGUCGCCUCAGCCAUUCCUCACUGAGGUUCAUCACCUCCAAGCCUUAACAGCAAGUGAAAUACAGUCUCUAAUCGACUACGCUUCAUCUCGAAUUCGGGCGGCGGGGACCGUGUGGACUACUCGCGGGGAUGGGCUCUCCCCAGCCGAACGCAAGAGUUUUGCUGCACAACUGUACAGGGAUCUGGAAACGGGUUUGCUACUGUAUUCCAGUGCCUGUUUUCGAUUCCCAGGAAUCAUCAGGCGCCCAAUAGCGCUAGGAAUGCUUUUCAAGUCCACGCUCUCUGGGACACUCCAUCUUGGCCGACACGGCCCUAUGGCAGAGUAUGAAACACCUGAGCCUGUCCCCGAUCCUAUCCUCCCUACAUACCCCGACGCUUGGUGGAACAACCUCAAGGGGACUGGUCUUAGUCUGCUGGGUUUGCUCAAGGCUUGGCGCCUCCAGCGCGACGAGUUCGAGACGUUUAGGUCGGAGACCAGGCCUCUGCCGGGGUCUGAGAGUGUUCUGGCCCUCUCGUUGGACGAGAACCUGGAGCGUGCGUCGGCGUCUACCCAAAAGGCUGUCGAUCUCGUCGAGAGAGAUGUGGUGUUGGCUUUGAAGAGUGUAAAGGCCAUCGAAUUGGCAAUUCAACAAACCGAGAAGCUGCGCCAAGAGAUCCUUGGCAGUACUUAA